GGAAUACUAAACUGUCGCAGGGGGGUCCUGACAAACACACAUUUCCAACAUGGCGACGUCCAUCGGUCUACUAUUAAAACCUUGGACACCGAGGGUGUUGGCGGUACGAUGGAGCAGAUACAAUCCAUACUACCUGGAGCCAGAGGUAAGGAAGGAGGCCUACGACAAACCAGAAACAGAACUGAGCGCCGAGGAGAAGGAAGAGCGGGCGCUCAAGGCAGUCAGACCCAUCAAGGCGGCAGUCAACAGUGUCACCAGCUCAGUUUUUGACGACCCGCUCAUCAGUAAAUUCAUCAACAUGAUGAUGAAGCAUGGAAACAAAGUUUUGGCAAGAGAGAUCAUGACAGAGACAUUGGAGCAUAUUAAGAGGAAACAGGUGGAGAAAUACCACAAAGCUCCAGAGGGGAAAAGAGAGGAGAUUGAGUGCAACCCUUACUCCAUCUUCCAUCAGGCUAUAGAGAACUGUCAGCCGAUUGUAGGCCUUGCUAGCAUCAAGAGAGGUGGAAGGGUCUAUCAGGUGCCUGUACCGCUUCAAGACAACAGGCGACGCUUCCUCGCAAUGAAAUGGAUGAUCACGGAGUGCAGGGACAAUAAACAUCGGCGCACGAACAUGUACGAAAAACUCUCCCAGGAGCUGCUGGCGGCCUCUAACAAGGAGGGCAACGUCUUCAAGAAGAAGACAGAGAUGCACAAGAUGGCCGAAGCCAACAGAGCAUACGCCCAUUACCGCUGGUGGUAGGCCAAAUGUCAAAGACGGGACACCAGAGGGUGUCACAUGCUUUUGGAAAUAAUGAACCCCACAAAACAGCUCUAAUAUGACAGCGGACUAUCCAGAGGUGAGAGGCAUCACACCUCUGAUUAGGGAUGGUGUGCAAAAGUCAUGCUAACAUCUGGAAAAUGCAUUAUGGUAACGGUUUAUUGGAUAAAUCAUAUGAAAACAAACUCUUCCUGCAUAUAUGCUGUAGCUGCCUCAUGUAAUAACUGCUGAAAAAACAAGACGUGACAGAAAUUCAAACCUUUUAAUAAAAUAUCUCUCAAAACUACAACUCCUUUAACUAUUGGUCACACAUUAGAAACAAAGCAAGCAUCACACCAGCUUGAAUCUGAUGUUCAGCAAUGUUCAUAGAGGGAAUGCUUUCAAUAUAUAAAACUUUUUUAUAAAUAAAAAAAAGUCAGUGAAUGAACUCAGGAACUGAACUUAU